AUGCGUUGGCUGAGUACUCCUCUUGUCGCGGUUUCCCUGUCGCUAGGGUUAUCUGCUAUCAGCCAUGCGUCCCAGAUCGACCGCAAGGGCAAUAUCUGCACGGUCAAAGCGAAUGGUAAUCAGACGGACGAUGUGCCGAGACUCCUGGAAGCGUUUCGGAAAUGUGGCAACGGGGGCACCAUUGUCUUCCGCGAAGACCAGUCGUAUUGGAUCGCUUCGCGCUUGAAUCCAAUCCUUAGUGAUGUGACAAUUGAAUGGCGGGGGAAAUGGACGUUCUCUGAUGAUUUAGAUUACUGGAGCAAUCACUCUUACCCUGUUGCUUUCCAGAACCAUGCUGCGGGCUUUGUGAUCACCGGACGCAACAUCACCAUCGAUGGAUACGGCACUGGAGGUAUCGAUGGCAACGGCAAUGUCUGGUAUACCGCAGAAGCGGGUAACACUCAGCCCGGAAGAUCGAUGCCCUUCGUCUUCUGGAACGUCUCGGACGUCCACGUUGACAAUUUCUACGUGAAGGACCCGCAGCUUUGGGCCCUCAAUAUCAUGAACGGCACUAAUAUACAGUUUAACAAUAUCACAUGCAAUGCGACAGCAGUGGAUGCACCUUACGGAGAGAACUGGGCUCAAAACACAGAUGGGUUUGACACAAUGGACGCGAGAAACAUCCGUCUCACCAACUUCGUAUAUCAAGGCGGAGACGACUGCAUAGCUAUCAAACCCAGAUCCUACGAUAUUGAUAUUCACAACGUCACCUGUCGCGGCGGCAAUGGCAUCGCCAUCGGCAGUUUGGGUCAAUAUAAAGAAGACUCGAGCGUAGAGAAUGUACGAAUCGACAAGGUCAAGGACUCCUACGAGAGUGCCGGUCUCCCCCGCGGCGGCGGCUGGGGCAAUGUCAGUAAUCUCAUUUUCUCGAACUUUGAGGUUCAGGGUGCCAAUAUAGGUCCUACGAUCAAUCAAAACCAGGGUGACAACGGCUCGUACUCUGGUACGAGUCUGAUGACCGUUUCUGACAUUACUUUUGCCAAUUGCACGGGCUAUGUUACCAACGAAGGCGAGGUGACUUCAACUGUCACCUGUUCUGAGAACCAUCCUUGUUAUGAUAUUUACUAUGACAAUGUGGUUUUGUAUCAGGGGAAGAAUGCAUCUGAGCCUGGAAUAGGCUCUUGCAAGUGGACCAUUGACAACGGGGUCCACGGACUAGAGGGAUGCUGA